AUGAGUUUGAGGAGUGUGAUGGGUGAACAGGUGGUGGAGCUGGCAGCAUUUAUACCACUCGGCGUCCGCGCUAAGGUUGCGUCGGGAAGGUUGAAUGAUCCAGAGAGAGGGCAAGGAUGUCUAUUAUGCCGAAAGAACAAAUAUCAGCUCAAGAGAACCGAGAAGAGCAGCUCCUACGCACAAAGACCAACACGGCCAAAGCUGACGGGCCGCUUGGCAACUCACCGGAGAAUACGCAACCUUGACAAGGACCAGCGCGCCAACACUGACCUGAGAGGCGAGGAAAAAGAGAAGCUCGCAGCGACGGCGGACCCUGAAACUGCCGAGGAAACGUUUCGGCUAGACGAGGGCAGCCAAAGUCUGAAUUCUGCCCUGCCAACUCUGAAUUCGGCCCUGCCCACUGGGCUGUUUGCUGUGGGAUGA